CACCGUCACGAACGGUGACAGCAAGGGCACCGUUCUUGGGUCUCCUGCUUAUCCGGGACGUGGUAGGCAGCUAAUUCCUGUGGAUGAGAUGGUCAGAGGCUAAAAGCUCUUCAGAGAUUACACGCCACAGCAGGCACUUUACGUGACACUUACUCUGAGCUCGGCCGAUGUAUUAUUUCAUCCGUGCACAACAACUCCAUGAGGGAGAUCUACUGUUAGCUCCAUUUUACAGAUGAGGAAACUGAGGUAAUGAGAGGUUAUACAAAUAGCCCUAGAGCGCACACUAGUAAUUGUCAGAACUGGAAUUUGAAUCCAGGCAAUCUAGCUACGGAGGCUGACUAUCUUAUAUUCCAAAGCAUACCUGGCCCAUAUUUGGGGUUGUGUGGUCUGCAUGAUUUUCAUAUUGUUUCUGACACCGUUCCAGUUCUCAAAAUCUGAUUGCAAGGCACCCCCCACCCCUGCCCCCCAGGGCCAGUAACAUUCUCAUUUUAUGUAUGUAUGUAUUUUAAUGUUUAUUUUUGAGAGAGAGAGAGAGAGGAGGAGGGGCAGAGAGAGAGAGGGAGACACGGAAUCCGAAGCAGGCUCCAGGCCCUGAGCUGUCAGCACAGAGCCCGAGGUGGGCCUCGAACUCACCAACCGUGAGAUCAUGACUUGAGCUGAAGUCGGACGCUCAACCGACUGAGCCCCCAGGCGCCCCGGUAACAUUCUCAUUUUAAAGACAAGGGGACUUUCGUGGAAUCCCACCUAAUGGCAUCGUUACCCACCAGUCUCGGGAUGAGUAUAUUUGUGAACGGCUCCAGGAACCAAUUUUGCUAGUUUUGAAUCCACUCGACUGGAAGCUUUUCAGCCGUCUUGCUACCUGCCCGGCUGUAUGUGCUGUUUACAAGCAUGGCCACGAUCUCCUAACCCCUGUCCCAUUUCUCUCAAAGAGAGAAUCUGAGAAGUGUGUGUUUCAUAACGGCGAAGCAUUUCAAGAACCCCCCGACCCAAAGCAUGGUUUCUCCCGGUCAACAUCCACGGCUGCAUGAUUUCUGCGGUUUUGCGUGUCCUUUCACCAAGAGGUGGAGUCUGUUUGCUCCAUCCCUCGGAUCCGGGCCGGAGCUUGCUCGGGUCGAGGGAUUUCCGCAGAAGCGAUGGCGUUCCCGCGCUGGGGCUCCGCGCGGCCCCGGGGUCUCUCGGAACCCAUCCCACCGCGAGGAGGACGAGGCGGGGCUGGUCGGCCGGAGAGCGGGGGCCGCGGAGGGCGACUCGAGUCAGCCCGACUGUCCCGGCCCACCCCCAGACGUGUGGGAAAGCCGGGCCCGAUCGGCCCAGCCGCAGGGCUCGGAGGCGCUGCACGGCCGAGCCGCGCGAAACCCCCGACGCACAGCAGCGCGAGCCAAGGGAACGCUCGCUGCUUGAAGUCGUUACAUUUCGAACCCGGCGCACGUUCGUUCUAGUCCGGCUGGCUGGGUACGUGGCCCCGGCUUCCCCGCCGACCGCGGCGUGUCUCAGAGGCGCCCCUGCUACCGUCCCGUCUUCGUCUCUUCAGGCCGUCGAAGAAACCACGGCGGACCGGGUGACUUGCAGACCUCACGGUUCCGGAGGCUGGAGGGCUGCGAUCGGGGUGCCCGCGGGGUCGCGGUGGGUCCUCUUCCGGGGCGCAGACUUCUCAGGGGAUCCCACGCGGCAGAGGGGAGCGGGAGAGCUCCUGGCUCUCGGAAAGAGCCUGAUCCGGUUCCGGAGGGCCAAGCCCCGCCCAGAGGCCCCACGUGCUCAUACUAGCCCCGGCGGGGGGGAUCUCAACGUGCGGAUUUUGAAGGGACACGGGCGUUCAGGCGCGGGCCCGCGUGAACGUCUUCACGAAGGCAGACUCCGGAACGAUACGCGUCCUGAGACGGUUAAGCAGCCCCAGGGCCGUCGCGCAGAAAGCGUGUUUGCGACUCGAGAGCAUUUGAAAAUCGUAGCGUUUAUCGCUGACUUGUCUUGAGGCAGAACGAAUUGCUGUGCAGAGGUCCGCGCGGCUGUUGCUAAGCACUGAGCGCAUAAAGGCUGUUCCCUCGGCCGGGCUCCGGGGUCACGUUUCACUGGGAGAAGAUGGAGAGCGCGGGAUCAGUGACCGUGGCCGUGGCAGCCUUUCUGCCGAGAGCUGUGCCUGCUCGUUUCACGACUCUGCCCAAGAGCAGGGGAAGAGCCUUCUUCGGGGGCUGCUGCUCCUCAUCCGUCGCUGGCGACAUAAAAUUCUCGUGACCGGAUCCAGAUUGUGUCGUAGGAGGCAGGUCUUCAACCCUCUUCCGUGAAGAUUCCUGUGUGCGCGUAUCUCAAACGGAGGCGCUCCGGCUCGUGCAGUGUGCAUUCUUCGGAGGGGCAGGAUACAAAUGCCAUUUUCACCAAUGUGUUUAAUCUAUUUGCAGGCACUCUUAAUACAUUAGGGAAAUAAAACUUUGAUCAUGAUCCAAGUUCUAAAUAGUUGGGGGUUUUUUUUG